AUGUCAUUUGUAAACUAAUACAGAAAAACCUCAAUUGAUUCAGCUAGAGAAGACUAACUAGAUGUAAUUCCAGUUAAUGAUUUCGAGAACGAUACGGAGUUCAAGCCAGCAAGCAAUUUGGAUUCCUUCAAAAGCAAAACUAAAAAAUUAUCAUCAGGCAAUAGCAACCAAUUGACUAAGAAGGGUUAAGAAUUGCAGCUAUCUGAUCUCGAAUGCAACAAUUAGAAUUUCGAUGGAAUAGAGUUGUAUAAAACUCAGAUUUGGACUCGUCGCUAUGCUUUCGUAGUGCUCUUAUCAAGUUUAACUAUGAUAGGAUAUGGAAUCUCCACUACUAUCUAUGAGUUUGUGUAGAUCGCUAAGUUUGAUAAUUCAAGAGAUUAAUAGUUAUAACUUGCUAAUGAAGGAGAUUAAUAGCCGCAAAGUUAAUAACUUACCUUCUAGUUUAAUCUAAAAACAUUCAUCUUUUUGCAAGGAGUAUCGCUUUUGACCAGUUUUAUUACCCUAGCUUAAGGAAUUAUUGGAUUAAUCUUAGCUGCUCAAAGCAUCGUUGCUCUCAAGAAAAUAAUGGAAAACGGAAAUAAUCCAAGAUGUCUUGAGUAGAUACAGAAGAAAACUGAGAAGAUUGGUGAAAUGAUGAACUUGCUAGUCUUCAUACAAGUGACUAGCGCUGUUGCAUAUGCAGCUGUCUACAUUAAUGUAAUCAAUAAGGCUUAGGAGAAAUUUGAGAAAUAAGAGAAUGUGAACUUUGAGGAAGCAAGGGUGAUUUCUAAGUUUGAGUAAAUUAUCACAGUAAGGUGCGCAUUCAUCAUUAUCUUCUAUGUGCUAGGCUGUACUUUAUCAAUGCUUGCUUUUAAUAGAUUUAAGAGACAUCAGAAAAGAUAUGAAGACAUCCUAGGUGGCAAUAAAGCAAUAUUAGAUAAUAGUCAGUUAUACUAAAGUCAUAAAGCUAACAAUGCUAUCUUGGAAGAGUGA